AAGUCCCUAACACAAAACACCCUUCCGGCGAAAGUAUUCACAAUCUCUCUAAAUGCAAUAACAACAUAAAAAAUAAAUGCAUAACUUGGACGAAACCAUUGCAUCAACCAUCACAUUCCCCCCCCCCUGUAGCUGGCCUACUUGGUAUGCCCCGGCCUCCACCAGUAUAAAUACAGUGAAGGCGCGCGCGUCGCCUGGCACACAGUGUGCGUUGUGCGUCGUGCGCUGAUCUCGCCGCGUCCACACCACCAGAAGCGCGUUUCGUAAAGCUCGCAACGACGCCAGUGCAUCCUCCCGCAACAAAGAAGGACGUAUUCCGCUGUAAAAGCGGCGAAAAUCAAAGAAUAACAACCUCGUUGAUUUGCCUGUGGCCAUGAGACUAUGUGGCGGCGGCGUGGCUGCAUUGCGGGGAAUGCGCGAUCAGCUGAUGGCCAAGUUACUCCGCCGUGCAUGGGCGCCCGAGCGCAGGCUUAUGGCGUCGUCAUCCGCCGUCCACCCUCCCGAACUACACGUCUGCAUUGUCGGCAGUGGCCCUGCUGGCUUCUACACGGCGCAGCACUUGCUGAAGCAUCAGCAGGCUGUUCGGGUGGAUAUGUUUGAGCGUUUGCCGGUCCCGUUUGGCCUCGUUCGUUUCGGUGUCGCUCCAGAUCACCCCGAAGUCAAGAACGUCAUCAACACCUUCACGCAAACCGCUCGCUCAGAGAGGUUUCGCUUCCUCGGCAACGUGACGGUCGGACGCGACGUGUCCGUGGAGGAGCUGCGGCACGCGUACCACGCCAUCGUGCUGAGCUACGGAGCGGAGGAUGACCGGGCGCUGGGUAUCCCUGGUGAGGACCUGCGUGGAGUGUACUCCGCUCGAGACUUUGUGGGCUGGUACAACGGGCUGCCCCAAAAUAAGGACCUGAACCCAGACCUGAGCUGCGACACGGUCGUUGUGCUGGGACAAGGGAACGUGGCUCUCGACGUUGCCCGCAUUUUACUGUCUCCAAUCUCCUGGCUGCAGAAAACAGACAUCACUCAGCCGGCGCUGGAGGCCAUCACUCGAAGUCGCGUGCGCAGAGUAGUGUUGGCCGGACGUCGGGGACCUCUGCAAGUGGCCUUCACCAUCAAGGAGCUCAGGGAGAUGAUUCAUCUGCCCGAUACAAGAGCCGUUAUCAAUCCUGCCGACUUUGACGGCUUUAAAGACGCGCUUAGCAGCCUCCCUCGGCCGCGCAAACGGCUAUCUGAGCUGCUGCUCAAGGCGGCGACGGACCAAAGGUCACGUGACCCUGCGUUGGAGGCGGGCGGCCGCGAGUGGGAGCUGCUCUUCCUGCGCAGCCCCACGAGCAUCGUGGCCUCAGACGGGGGGGCCAGCCCUCACGUGGCCGCAGUGCGCUUUACUGUGAACCAGCUGGAGGGAGAGGGCGAUGGCGCCGUGGCGGCGUCCACCGGGCGGGAGGAGCAGCUGGCGUGCGGCGCCGUCCUGCGCAGCGUCGGCUACCGCAGCCGCCCGCUGGCUCCUGGCGUGCCCUUCGACCCACGCCGUGCCGUGGUGCCCAACACGCGCGGCCGCGUGCUCUCCCACCCAGGGCUCUACUGCAGCGGCUGGGUGAAGCGAGGUCCGCAGGGCGUCAUCAACACCACCAUGAUUGAUGGUUUCGAGACGGCGCAGAGCGUGCUGGAGGACCUGACGACCGGGAAACUUGGGGCCGAUUCCAGUCGACCGGGGUUCCAGGCCAUCGACAAGAUUCUGGCUUCCAAAGGGGUGGCCACGGUGAGUUUCUCCGGAUGGGAGAGGAUUGACGCGGUGGAGCGGACGCGCGGGGCCGCCCUGGGGAAGCCUCGCGAGAAGAUGCUGGAUGUGCAGGAGAUGCUGAGCGUGGCGGUGCAGUGAAGACUGCCUGGAUCCCCACCCCCCGACGUCUCUUGUACUCCUCUUCAGUUGGCACAGCCGAGCGAGCACGGGGGGGCCUCGUGGUACAGGUGGUUUUUCCACUGGCUAUGUCAGGCUGAGCCAGAACCCAAACCGGUGAUGCCCUGGAGUCACAUCUGAAUCUGGCUUGAGGUCAAGCAGGGCCAGGGCUAAUUCAUUUUGUAUCAUUCGGUACGCCUCAGUGCGAUGCCGACGUUACGCAUUUUAAUUGCUUGUGAAAUCGGCAGCGUGACUCUGGUUCCACAGUGGAAAAAGAACCUGGCUCUUCUUGAGCUGCGCUGGGUGUGCUUGGCACGGCUUGGUUGUAAAGUGGAAAAAGAGGUUUUGGAACAUGGCACAGAACCCUAUCCUACUGUGCAGGUUGCUUCAAUAUAGUAUUGAAUACUUAGUUUACCAUAGCAGUUAAAAAAGUAUUCACGGUUCUGCAGGCCAUGCUUAAAAUCAAACUGCAGUGUACAGUGGUCUUUGUAUAAUGUUCAUAAUGGGAUGGGGAAAAUUGGCAGGAAAGUGAAUCUGAACGACGAGAAGUGAUGAAGGUGCAAAUCUGAAAAUGCCGCUGCAGAUGGGUUAUCGUGCUGUUUGUAUUUUUUAUUUGCGCAUACAAACACAAUCGUGACCAGUUUAUCACUCUUGAAUGUGAUUUUUUUGUUCAAUUAUGCCUUUCCAUUUUUAUAAUUGGUGAAAUUCCAUUGUGGAGCAGCUUGGACACAAUGUUGUACCCUUGGUAUGUACAUCAGGUAUUACCUAUGGAAGACGCUGCCCACAAUUGCUUCUGGCUUUUCAGAAUCAAGGAUGUGCACAUUCUUUCGCAGCUUCAUAGACAAGUGCCUUGUACUAUACCUACUGCUAAUUAAGACCCGAAGACAGUAUUGGCCAAUAUGUACGAACCCAUAUUUCUCAUGCAGAUAGCGCUGACUACGUCGGGUAACAUCUUACCCGUUAAACCUAUUUUACCACAGGUGGUUGCGCACGGGACUUUGAACCAGGAUUUCGGUGGUGCUGGACCAAUGAUCUGAGGUUUUGGUAUGAACAUACCCGGUGCCACCUUUAAUGGUUUAUAUAGCCAUAUUUAUACCGGAGAAUGUAAGAAUCGUCGUAGUGAAGUAUGGAUGUUGAGUUCAUGGCAAAAGUACUUGAGUGCUUGUGAAUGGGAAAACAGAAUUAAGUAUUAAUUCUAGAUUUGAAGCUUUCGUGACUGCAAGGAAUUCAUACUCUAAGGUUUUUCCGGUAAAGUCACGUAGGUAAAAAAUUAAUAAAAAAAUAACAUCAUAAUAAAUUAAAAUAAAUCAAUUAAAUGACGUUUCGGAAGCAACACAAGCUUCCUUCAUCAUGUGUAAAAAGGCACAGCAAAAUAACCGUAGGAGCCAGGACGGUGAAGGUGGUCCUAAAGGACCAUCCGUGACGCCGUCUUUUAGGACCACCUUCACCUUCCUGGCUCCACCCACACCCCAAACCCCCCCCCCCCAUCCUGCACCCGUCCUCCUUGGCUCCUCCCCCCUCCUCCUACCCUAUAUAUUAAUGUCCCAUCACAAAUAACUUUCCCUACAGUUAUUUUGCUGUGCCUUUUUACACCUGAUGAAGGAAGCUUGUGUUGCUUCUGAAACGUGGUGAUUUAAUUGAUUGAUUUUCAUUUAUUAUGUUAUUUUAUUAUUAUUUUUUACCUACGUGACUUUACCGAAAAAACCUAAGAGUAAGAAUUAAGUAUAUUUAAUUUGUGUAACUGUGACACUGUUUAAUGUUUAAUCGUGUCAAUGCUUAAUACCUCAUACCACUACUGAGCUUUGACAGUUUUAAUAUCGAUGGCAGUAUUUUUUGAAAAGUGUCCUACAUUCACCUUUGCCAAGAAAACAUUUGGCACUGUUUUACUUUAAUCCUGAGUAAUCAUCUUUUAAACGUAGUCGUCGUUGAAAUAACAGUCUUGUGGACUGCUUCCGCACAAUCGUAGCGUGUUGCCAGGUUGGUUUUCUAACUUGGUGCCUAAAAUAGAGGGGAUCAAUAAAAAUUAUUUUAUCGCA